UAAACGCCAAACGUCCUGCAAUAAAACUGAUCAGCGAAUCUCGCCCCUUUUUCGUCGUCGUCUUUGCAGCAAAGUAGAUUCCGCGGCAAAGACCACACCCGAAAAAAUUGAAAUCAGGAUCAGAAGAAGAGAGAAAAGGGUAGAGGAGAGAAGGAGAGAUCUUCAUUCUAUGGCGGAUUUGGACGCAGAUAGGCCGCUGAGAAAAAUCUCGACCGCUUUCAAGGAACUAGCGGUCACCGUGAACUCGCCGAGUCCGGAGGUUCCUGUGGCGCAGUUCUCUCACGCUUGCUCUCUUGUCUCGCCUCUAUUUGGUUGCCUUGGAAUAGCUUUCAAGUUUGCGGAGAUGGACUAUGUUGCCAAGGUUGAUGAUCUCGUGAGGGCGUCGGGUUCUAUAUCAACAUUAGUGGUAAUGAUGGACAAAGAUAUUGAGGCAAACUCUGUAAGAAAAGCUGGUAGUCAUACUAGAAACCUUUUGAGGGUAAAGCGUGGUCUUGACAUGGUCAGGGUUCUCUUUGAACAGAUCAUAGCUUCCGAAGGGGAUAACUCGUUAAAGGAUCCAGCAACUAAGUCGUAUGCUCAAGUGUUUGCUCCCCACCAUGGAUGGGCUAUUCGGAAAGCUGUUUCUCUAGGGAUGUACGCUCUUCCCACAAGGGCUCACCUACUUAAUUUGCUCAAAGAGGAUGAGGCAGCGGCUAAGAUACAUAUGCAAAGCUAUGUCAAUUCAUCGGGACCAUUAAUCACGUAUCUUGAUAAUCUAUUCCUCUCCAAGCAACUCGGUAUCGAUUGGUGAAGAGCCUGAAAGACUUAUAAUUAUUUACCACUCUUUAGACAAAAAUAACAUAUGUUCUCAUCAAUCCAUGUAAUGUCAUAACAAGUGUGACGAAAUACAUUACAUUACGAAUAAAUUGAUUAUGUACUUAAUAUAUCGACUUAUCUCUAGUUUUAAUUA